GUCAUAUUGCAUAUUAUUUGACAGAACACAGAACGGACAGAAACAUGUCUAAAAAGAAGGGAAACAAGAAAAAUCAAGAUUUCGAUGAGGACUUGGACGAUAAGAAAGUGGCAGCAAGUGACACUCAUGAGAUAACCUCCAAAAGCAAAGGCAAAGGCAAAAAGAAAGGCAAAGGGAACGCUGGAGAUUGGAGUGACAGUGAAGAAGAUAUUCCCAAAAAAGUGCCAGCGUCUGAUGACGAAGAUGUGCCGAAACCAGCAGCGAAGAAAUCUCAAAAGAAAGGAAAAAAUAAGAAGAAAGGUGCUGAUGUGUCAGAUGAUGAGGAAGAUGAUAACAAAUCUGUAAUCAGCAAUACAACAAGUACCACAUCUAAAUCAGCCACCAAGGCCAAUAAAAAGAAGAAAGGUAAAGGUAAGAAAGAUGAUGACUGGUCUGAUGGAGGCAGCGAUGUUGGUCUCAAAGAAGUUUCAGAAGAUGAAAUUAUAAAACCGGUUUCAAAAAAGAAAACAAAAAAUAAAAAGAAAAGUAUAGCUGCUGAAUCUUCUGAUGAAGAGGAUGUUGAAGAAACAGAGCCAGUUGUGGCUGAAGUCACAAACAAUAAGAGUAAACCAGCAUCCAAAUCCAAAAAUAAAAAAGGAAAAGAUGAAUGGCCUGACGAAGACAGUGACAAGGAAGUAAAACUAGAGCCUUCUGAUCAGGAAGAUGACUUACCAGAGCUUCUAGUUAAAAGCAAAGGAAAAAGUAAAAGAAAGAAGAACAAUAUUGAUGAUAUUGAAGCAGAAUUGAAGAAAUUUGAAAUUAAAGAUCCGGAGCCAGAAGAGCCACCUGCUAAACUUAAGGACAAAAAGAAGAAAACCAAGGAAGCUGACGUGAAAGAAGCAGCGGAAUCUGGUGAUGAAGCAUCACAAGAGGCUGAUGAUAAGGUCCCAGAAAUGCAAGACAAAGAUUCUUCAGAGCCUGUUGAGAAGAAGUUAAGUCACAAGGAAAAGAAGAAGCUUAAAAAGCAACAAGAGUAUGAGAAACAGAUGGAGAUGAUGACUAAGAAGGGUGGUCAGGGUCAUAGUGAUUUAGAUGCCAACUUCACAGUUAGCCAGGCACAAAAAUCUGCAGGUCAGAUGGCAGCAUUAGAGAAUGCGGUGGACAUAAAAGUUGAGAAUUUCUCAAUCAGCGCCAAAGGCAAGGACUUGUUUGUGAAUGCAAACUUGUUGAUAGCCAACGGCCGUCGCUACGGUCUGGUCGGGCCCAACGGCCACGGCAAGACGACUUUGUUGAGGCAUCUAGCACAGCGGGCGUUCCCUCUACCGCCUCACAUAGACAUUUUGCUUUGUGAGCAAGAGGUCACUGCUAACGAUAUGAGCGCGGUCGACACCAUAUUGGAGGCAGAUGUCAAGAGGACUGAACUUCUCAAGGAAGCCAAGGAACUUGAAGCUGAAACUGAAAAGGGAAACCUUAGCAAACAGGAUAGACUGAAUGAGGUAUAUUCCGAGCUGAAGGCGAUUGGCGCGGAUUCCGCCGAGCCGCGCGCGAGACGUAUCCUCGCCGGUCUGGGCUUCAGCAGAGAAAUGCAGAACCGCGCCACGAAGAACUUCUCUGGUGGUUGGCGUAUGAGAGUGUCACUCGCUAGAGCUCUAUACAUUGAACCAACACUUCUGCUACUCGACGAACCUACAAACCAUUUAGAUUUGAACGCCGUCAUUUGGUUGGACAAUUACCUACAAGGCUGGAAGAAGACUUUACUAGUAGUGUCUCACGACCAGUCUUUCUUAGACAACGUGUGUAACGAAAUCAUCCACUUAGACCAGCAGAAGUUGUUCUAUUAUAAGGGCAAUUACUCUAUGUUCAAGAAGAUGUACGCACAGAAGAGAAAAGAGAUGAUCAAGGAGUAUGAGAAGCAAGAGAAGAGACUGAAAGAGCUGAAGGCGCAUGGACAGUCGAAGAAGGCAGCAGAAAAGAAGCAGAAAGAAGCGCUGACCCGCAAGCAAGAGAAGAACCGCAGCAAGUCGCAGCGCGAGGAAGCAGACGAGGGCGCAGCGCCCGUGACUCUGCUGCAGCGGCCCAAGGAGUAUAUCGUCAAGUUCUCCUUCCCCGACCCGCCGCCGCUGCAGCCGCCCAUACUCGGCCUGCACAAUGUGAACUUCAACUUCCCCGGGCAGAAGCCGCUGUUCAUCGACGUGGACUUCGGCAUAGAUCUGAACUCUCGAAUCGCCAUAGUGGGCCCCAACGGGGUGGGCAAGUCCACGUUCCUCAAGCUGCUCGUGGGAGAGCUGAGCCCUUGCCGCGGGGAGCUGAUUAGGAAUCACAGAUUGAGGAUAGGCCGCUUCGACCAGCACUCGGGUGAGCACCUGACAGCUGAAGAAUCCCCGGUGGAGUAUCUACAGCGGUUAUUCGGGCUGCAGUACGAAAAGGCACGCAAGGCGUUAGGAACCUUCGGGCUGGCCGGUCACGCUCAUACCAUCAAGAUGAAGGACCUCAGCGGUGGACAGAAGGCGAGAGUGGCUCUAGCAGAGUUAACGCUGAUGGCGCCUGAUGUUGUUAUAUUGGACGAGCCGACCAACAACUUGGAUAUCGAGAGUAUCGACGCGCUGGCGGAGGCCAUCAACGAGUACAAGGGCGGCGUGGUGAUCGUGUCUCACGACGAGCGGCUCAUCCGCGAGACCGAGUGCGCGCUCUACGUCAUCGAGGACCAGACCAUCAACGAGGUCGACGGAGACUUCGACGACUACCGAAAGGAACUCCUGGAGAGCCUCGGGGAGACCAUCAACUCGCCUUCUAUUAUCGCCAACGCGGCAGUCCUGCAGUAAGCCUUCGCUCAUAUCUAUAUGGUACACGUCUGAUGAUUACAUGCUUCUGUUCUUGCAAACAAAACGUAAAAAAACAGUGUUCAUUUCAUGAAAAUUUCAUAAAAGAUGUAACAGUCUGAAAUAGACGAUUCAAAAAAUGUUUAUGACUACAUAUUGAUGUAUUAUUCUAUGAACAAAUCAGCAUCGAAAAUUUUUAAUACUUGCGUUUAGAAUUUGUUACGUACGAUAAUAAUUCCGAUAUUAAUGAGAAAACAAAAACCCAACUAAAGAGGAUUUAGGACGCUAUUUGGAUCAAAUAUGUAAUUGCUCAAUAAUGAAUAAUAAAUAAAUAAAAUAAAUAACUGCGUAAAAAUGAACCAACUAUGGCGCCUAAAUUCCGCCAUUUUGAUUUUUUUCAAUUUUAAUAUAGAUAGUGUCACGCUAAAAUCGGUCAAGCCGUUUAGGCUGUAGGCCGUGCUAAAGAAAUAUACAUACAUACAUACACUCGAAAAACAUAACCCUCCUUCUGGCGCAGUCGGGUAAAAAAUACGUCGUCACCCUCAGAUAAUUUUCAAAUUAAAUCGAAACAUUCAAAACUUUGUGAUGUAACAUGUUAAUAACAAUAUUUAAUUUGACUCCAAUUCGGAAUAUUUAUACCGUUACAUACAUUCUAAUUAAUAUUCAAUAUCAAAACGAUUCCGGCAAACACUCGUCUCUUCCGAUAGUUAAGGUUUAGCUAGGUAUCUGUUGUAAUAUAAAAUAGGUGCCUUGUGAAUUUUCAUUCUGUUUGUAUUAAUUUUAUCAAUUCAUACUGUAUAUAACAUCAAACACUCUUCAUAUAAUGUUUGGGCAUUGUGAAAAAUAAAUAUAUCAUGAGCAAUUAACUAGUCUUUAUUAAAAAACCAAAUAAAAAAUCCAGACUGCAUGCUUUUUAUUUAUUGCAAGAUAUUGUUAUUUAUUAGUAAAAUCUUAGUACCUAUGAAGUGUAAUCUUACGAUAUACACAACAAAGUCAUCGGUUAUAGGAUACGUACUUAUGAACCUAAUUGCUGCAGUCGGAUAAAAAUAUAAAAAAAAGUUAUGGAGCGCUAGUUACAAAAAAUACUUAAAAAAUACAGUUGUUCAACUUAGUAUGAAGAAUUGUAGAUGUUUACCAACAUUCAAUUGUGAAUUUGUUUUAAUUUAGAUAAUUUGUUUUCAUUUCAUUAUAGCAUGUAAUAAAUAGUAUUUAUACAAUAUAAACAUUUUUU